AUGAGGAGAUCCUCAUCGAUCGCAAAUAAGACAUCAUCUACUUCUGCUACGGAAAAAGAGCAGAAGCAGAAACAGUCAUUCAUACACAAUGGUUUCCCACACUCUGUUACCGUCGACGAUUUCCUAGAGAAUUUAUCAGAGUCUGAGAGUGAUCAUGAUGAUAAUAAUAAUAAUAACAAUAACAAUAAUAAGAAUAACAGUCAACAAAAACAACAACCACCAAAGAAUCAAGAUAUACUUUUAAAGUCAAAGUUACACAAAUCAUCGUUAAGCUGUCUCAACGAAUUGAAUAAGAAAAAGGAAUUGGAAAGAACUAGACUGAAAGAAAUUAAUAGAAACAAUAAGAAAUCGAAAACAAGCAGUAUUAAAAUCAACGAAACGCUUUCACCUCAUAUAUCACCUUCAACUACACCUAUACAAUCACCUCUGAUAUCACCUUUAGUAUCUUUAUUUUCAACUACAUCAUCAACAUCAUCAAAUUCAAAUUCAAAUUCAUCAUCUAAUAACAAUAAUAACAAUAAUAGUAAUAAUAAACGUAAAUUUAGUCAAUGUGAAAAUGAAAAUGAAAAUGAGCAAACACGACAAUCGAAAGAAACAUGCUCAUCGUCACAACCAUUGCCAACACGACAGAGAUCUUACCGACAUCCAUUUCUUCAUUAUCCAUCUGAACCUGAACUAAGCAGUGAGAGUGGAAGUGAACAUUCAGUACAAAAGCCACUGCGAGGUUUCUUUCAAUCGCGCUCACAACCACCAACUCCAUCGAAACCAACUACCACCACCACAACAACAACAACCAAUACUACAAAAACGAAAUCGAACAAUAAUAAUAAUAUAAUUCAUAAUAAUCAUGGUCAUUUUAAUAAGAAUCAUCAUGAUAAUUUUAAACAAUCACCUAACAGCCAUCAUCCUUUAAACAACAACAAUAAUAAUAACAAUAAUAACAAUAAUAAUAAUAAUAUAGAUAAUCAAACUUCAACAACUUCAACAACAAACAAUCCAUUCACAAACCAUGUCAACCAUUGUACAAUGACACCAAGUAAGAACAUAAAGUCGCCAUCUAUACAAAAACAACAUCAGAAUCAAACGUCACCAACACACGAGGGUUAUGAGCAAUCAUGUGGAUCUUCAGAAUCAACUGACUCAUCAAUAAAGAGUAUCAGAAGAGAAGUAACCGAAACACCUUCAAAGAGAUAUAUAAAGGCAUAUGCUAAACUUGUUUCCAUGAAUCAAAGUAAUGUCAAAGAAUUUCUUAUUUGUAAAAAGAUGUAUAUUAUUGGAAGUAAGAAGAUUAGUGAUCUUGAGAUUCUAGAUAGGUUAAGAAAGAACUACGCGAUGAUUCAAUAUCACAGACAUGGUUUUAUCACAGUUGAACCAUUGACAGAAGCAACCAUCAAAGUAAAUGAAGUGGCCAUACGACAACCAACUCUCCUAAAGUCUGGUGAUCACAUUAAGAUUUUAGAUAAUUACUUUAUCUUUCAAUCAAAAGUAACUAACACUUCUCAAAAUAAAGUUGAAACAAAUAAAGAUUCCUUUAUGUUUCAAGGCUCCCAAGGCACAAAUAAUGAAGAAGAUUACAUAAAUAAUAACAAUAGAAAUAAUAAUAGUAAAAAUAAUAAUAAUAAUCACAAUAAUAACAAUAAUAAUAAUAAUAACAGCAAGGAUAAUAGUUGCAAUUCUUGUCAUAGUGAGGAUAAUCAAGCGUCCACUGAAAGUGAAUCCUCAUCAAUGUUCUCUACUCCUUUGGGAUCACCUCUUUUCUCACAAGUGCAUAAUAACAAUAACAACAGCAAUAAUAACAAUGAAGACAAGAGUAAAGCUGACAAUGAGAUGAAUGAUAACAUUAACAACCACAAGAAUGAUAUUGAUCCACUCUCGAUUAUCGCUUCUCUAUUUGAUAAAUACCAUUUCACACUAAGUCCAAUGUUGACUGAUAUCGAUUAUUUAAUUAAAAUCAUUUUAUCAAAUGGAGGAAGACUUGCAACAGAUUUAAAAACUGAUCAACUCAAUUCUUUAUAUAUCGUUCCAGAUAUUGUUUUAUAUGUCAGCCAGAUUCCAAAGGUUUACAUGAAAAGAUUCAAGUAUGUAAAGGAAUCAUGGGUCAGAUUAUCAUUUCAACAGCGUGAAUUAUUACCAGUCGAAGAAUAUAUUUAUAAACCAAAGAAAUUACAUAUUUACCGCACCAUUUCUAUAUUUCCACCAAGUACAAGUGAUCCAGAAUAUGAUAAACUUAAGGAAUCUUUUGAAAAAGAAUUAAGAUUUCAUGGAGCAACUAUUGAAGAUUUUAGUAACAGAUCAAAGAAAACAGGUUCUCUUAUUCUAUCACUCAACGAUCUUAUACCCACAGAUAUUAAGAGGUAUAGCUUAAGUGGUAAUGUCGUUAAAAUGGAUUGGUUUCACCAUUGCGCACAUCAUCAAAAAUACAGAUCUUUGGAUGCAGUUCAAUGCGAUUACUCAUGUUCAUCUUUGAAAUUUACUUUACUUUAUCCAUGUAGCAGAAAAAUGAAAUUAGCAUUUACUUUAUUUUUAGUUGCUUUGAGUUACUCUUUGGUCAGUGCUCAAGAUGGUGUUUACAAUAACACUCUCGCCAUUGGUCCAAUCACCAAGGGUAAGAUUUUGACCAAGACAUUCACUUCAAUCCCAUUGCCAGUUUCAUCAUUUGCACUUGAAGCCAUUCAAGUCGCCAUCGUCGAUGACACCACCAACUCUCGUUUCAACCACGAUUUACUCUCAGUCUCUGCUGUCGAUAUCACUGUCGGUGGAAAGAAAGUAGUUUCAUUCACUGCUUCCAACAUUCUCAACCCAUUAUAUUUCCCAUCUCCAUAUGCUCUCCCAAUUUCUGGAGCUGUUGAUUUAACUGUUUCACUUUUCACUACUGCUGCUACUACUCAUACUUUGUCAGUUCAAUACUAUCUUAAGUACUCAACAUCAGCAAAUGUUGUUAGUUUGACUCGUACUGCUACUAGCUGUGUUGCAAACUACUCGAGUUUCAUUGUUCCAGGUACUGGAGGUGUUUACACUGUUCAAAAUCCAAUUACAUGGCAACAAAACAUUGAUGCUAUGGCAUUCCAAGCUGCCGCCUCACAAGGUGUCAUCUCCAUGCAAAUCGCCGACUCUGCAAACAAUGUCGUCUGCAAGUCGAACGCUAUCUACAGAAACAACAUCUUGCAAUCGAUGACUCCAUGCACCACUAUCAUUCCAUUGCUUAAGGGUACCACCUAUAUCACCUCUGCCACCUACAACAACAGCAAGCCAAUUAAGGGUGUUUUUGGAAACUUUGGAUUCUACGUUGGAUUCCCACGUCCAACCACCACCGGUAGCUCUGCUUCCUCCACUCACACCACCAGCGGUCCAGCCGUAACCAGUUCACAUUCAUCCACCACCGGUCCAGCUACCUCUGGUCCAUCAUCAUCCGGUCCAUCUUCAUCGGGUCCAUCCACUGGUGGUCACUCUUCAUCUUCACACACUGGUGGUUCUUCUGCCGGUGGAUCAUCGGCUGGUGGUUCAUCUGCCGGUGGUUCAUCCUCCGAAGGUUCAACCUCAUCAAACCCAACCUCAUCCAACCCAACCUCAUCACAAUUCACCACCACUGCCGACUCUACUUCAUCGAACCCAACAGCAACCUCCUCGAAUCCAACCACCGCUUCACCAACAGUCUCACCAACCGGUUACACUGUAGGUACCGGUAUGGCUUCAUUCCCAGGUUGGGAACCAGCUAGAAGAAUUCAAAUCUAUUAA